GUCCGGGCGAGCGCGGCUUGGGCGCGCUGCGUGGUGUGUGUUUCGUGCUGAGAUCGGCUUCUGAGGGCGAGUCAGCAGGCGAAGAGGCGCGCACCGGCGUCCGGACUCCGGAAGUCUGCAGUCGAGUGGAAAGGCCGGGAAAAAAAGGCCUGGAACUUGAAUACGACUUAACUGCUGUUUCCGAGGGGGCAACUUCCACAGGGAACCCCUCUGCCCUGGUAACGGCCAAAGAGGAGGAGAUGGCGCCAGUCAGGGAGCGGCCGUGGCCGAGACAGUGAGGAAGCGCGAAGGCGGAGCAACCCGGGGAGCCUUGGGCGAAGAAUCGGAGCCGUCGCUGCCACCACUGCCGCCAGCACCAUGGAAGGGGCAAAGCCGACCUUGCAGCUCGUGUACCAGGCGGUGCAGGCGCUUUACCACGACCCAGACCCCAGCGGCAAGGAGCGCGCCUCGUUUUGGCUUGGGGAGCUGCAGCGUUCGGUUCAUGCAUGGGAAAUUUCAGACCAAUUGUUACAGAUCCGCCAGGAUGUGGAGUCAUGCUAUUUUGCUGCACAGACUAUGAAAAUGAAGAUUCAAACCUCAUUUUAUGAGCUCCCUACAGACUCUCAUGCCUCUUUACGAGACUCAUUGCUAACCCAUAUCCAGAACUUGAAAGACUUGUCACCUAUCAUUGUAACGCAGCUGGCUUUAGCAAUAGCAGACCUUGCCCUACAGAUGCCUUCCUGGAAGGGAUGUGUACAAACAUUGGUGGAAAAAUAUAGCAAUGAUGUAACUUCUCUGCCUUUUUUGCUGGAGAUCCUUACAGUAUUACCUGAAGAAGUACAUAGUCGUUCCUUACGAAUCGGAGCUAACCGGCGCACAGAAAUUAUAGAAGAUUUGGCCUUCUACUCUAGUACAGUAGUAUCUCUAUUGAUGACCUGUGUAGAAAAAGCAGGAACAGAUGAGAAAAUGCUCAUGAAAGUCUUUCGUUGUCUGGGAAGUUGGUUUAACUUGGGAGUUCUGGACAGUAACUUCAUGGCUAACAAUAAGUUACUAGCACUCCUUUUUGAGGUUUUGCAACAGGAUAAAACCUCGUCCAACCUCCAUGAAGCUGCUUCAGACUGUGUGUGCUCAGCUCUCUAUGCCAUUGAAAAUGUGGAGACUAAUUUGCCAUUAGCCAUGCAACUUUUUCAGGGAGUCCUGACAUUGGAGACUGCCUAUCAUAUGGCUGUAGCUCGAGAAGACUUAGACAAAGUUCUGAAUUACUGCCGUAUUUUCACUGAACUGUGUGAAACUUUUCUUGAAAAAAUUGUUUGUACUCCAGGCCAGGGUCUUGGGGACCUACGAACUCUGGAGCUGCUGCUUAUCUGUGCAGGGCAUCCUCAGUAUGAGGUAGUAGAAAUUUCUUUUAACUUCUGGUACCGACUAGGGGAACAUUUGUACAAAACUAACGAUGAGGUCAUUCACGGCAUCUUCAAAGCUUACAUUCAGAGACUGCUUCAUGCCUUGGCUCGACACUGCCAGUUGGAACCAGACCAUGAGGGAGUUCCUGAGGAGACUGAUGACUUUGGGGAGUUUCGGAUGCGGGUGUCAGACCUGGUGAAGGACUUGAUUUUUUUGAUUGGGUCUAUGGAGUGUUUUGCUCAGUUAUAUUCUACUCUGAAAGAAGGCAACCCACCCUGGGAGGUGACAGAAGCGGUACUCUUUAUCAUGGCUGCUAUAGCAAAGAGUGUUGAUCCGGAGAAUAACCCAACCCUCGUGGAGGUCCUGGAAGGAGUCGUCCGCCUGCCGGAGACCGUCCAUACAGCUGUGCGAUACACCAGCAUUGAGUUGGUUGGAGAGAUGAGUGAAGUAGUUGACCGGAACCCUCAGUUCCUUGAUCCCGUGCUGGGCUAUUUGAUGAAAGGCCUGUGUGAAAAGCCCCUGGCUUCUGCUGCAGCGAAAGCCAUUCAUAACAUUUGCUCUGUCUGCCGAGAUCACAUGGCUCAGCACUUCAAUGGACUCCUGGAGAUUGCACGUUCUCUUGAUUCCUUCAUGUUGUCUCCAGAAGCUGCUGUGGGCUUGCUGAAAGGGACAGCGCUUGUCCUAGCCAGGUUACCUUUGGAUAAGAUUACUGAAUGUCUGAGCGAACUGUGUUCUGUUCAGGUUAUGGCUUUGAAAAAGCUGUUGUCUCAGGAGCCCAGCAAUGGCAUGUCCUCAGAUCCCACUGUAUUCUUAGAUCGCCUGGCAGUGAUAUUUAGACAUACUAAUCCCAUUGUGGAAAAUGGACAGACUCAUCCAUGCCAGAAGGUCAUACAAGAAAUAUGGCCAGUUUUAUCUGAGACUUUAAAUAAGCACCGAGCUGAUAAUCGGAUUGUAGAACGUUGCUGCAGGUGCCUGCGCUUUGCUGUUCGCUGUGUAGGCAAAGGAUCUGCAGCCCUGCUGCAGCCACUAGUCACCCAGAUGGUGAAUGUGUACCAUGUACAUCAGCAUUCCUGUUUCCUGUACCUGGGCAGUAUCCUCGUGGAUGAGUACGGCAUGGAAGAAGGCUGUCGUCAGGGACUGCUAGACAUGCUCCAGGCACUGUGUAUCCCCACCUUUCAGCUCCUAGAGCAGCAGAGUGGCCUCCAGAACCACCCUGACACUGUGGAUGACCUGUUCCGGCUCGCCACCAGGUUUAUUCAGCGUAGCCCUGUCACUUUACUGAGGAGCCAAGUAGUCAUCCCAAUCUUACAGUGGGCCAUUGCCUCCACUACCCUGGACCACCGGGAUGCCAACUGUAGCGUCAUGAGAUUCCUGCGAGACCUCAUCCAUACAGGCGUAGCCAAUGAUCAUGAAGAAGACUUUGAAUUACGGAAAGAACUGAUUGCACAGGUGAUGAACCAGCUCGGACAGCAGCUUGUAAGCCAGCUGCUCCACACGUGCUGCUUUUGUCUCCCUCCCUACACCCUACCAGAUGUGGCUGAAGUGCUCUGGGAGAUCAUGCAGGUUGACAGACCGACCUUCUGUCGGUGGUUAGAGAAUUCCUUAAAAGGUUUGCCAAAGGAGACAACUGUAGGAGCUGUCACAGUGACACACAAACAACUUACAGACUUCCACAAGCAAGUUACUAGUGCUGAGGAAUGUAAGCAAGUUUGCUGGGCCUUGCGAGACUUCACCAGGCUGUUUCGAUAGCUCACUCUGCUGCACUGUGCCUGUCACCCAGGAAUGUCUUUUUUAAUUAGAAGACAGGAAGAAGACAAAAACCAGACUGUGUCCCACAAUCAGAAACCUCCGAGGUGGCAGAAGGACCUUCACUGCCACCAGGGAGUUCCGCCAGACAGGGAGAGACUCCAGCCUUCCGAGGCCGUCCUGAGGAGUUCCUGUUUGGGGCUGUGAGGGAAAAUCAGCACGGUUUAAAAAAAGGUGGCUGCGGCCUGUCCGGCGUGGUGGGAGGGGAGCUGAUUUCCUGGUGAACUUGUUUCUAAAAGGAGAAAUGAUUUUAAGAAAAUAAAAAAAAAAAAAAAAAAAAAAAAAAAAGGAAAACUAAA